UCUCACGCAUGUUAAGGGAUGGAAUCUGGCGGGGCGUGGUGGUGGUGAUGUUAAUGCAAUGCUACGCGCAGCCGUGGCGUCCUUGGCUUGUCUUGUGUUCCUACCAUUACCAUUCCCAUUAGUAUUAUCAUUACCUACAACCUUCCUUCCUUCCCUUCCUUACACACGGUCAAAUAGUCACCACAAUUUAACACCAACGCCAUCGUCGGCGUCUCUGGCAAAGAACCCCUAUAAUUUUUAUCACCAUCGCCAUUUCUGAUCAAUCUGCAGCUUUCCUGUUUUGGGAGAGGAGCUGCGCAAUCUGCAGCUUUCUUACCUUGUUUCUUUCUGUGCUUAGGGUUUGGCCCCUGAAGUAACCGUCGGACCUCUGUUCUAUGUGCGCAAGUUGGGGGGUUCUUUUUUGUUUCGCUUGCAUGGAUUGUUGAAAUCGCCGGAUGCGUGGAAUUGGGGUUUUUUUUGGGUCUAACAUGGUUGGGGACAUCAUACCUCAUUCAACGUGCGCGCUGUGAGAAGGAUAUACGUUAGCAGAAUGAGAGGAUGCAAAUAUGAUGAGCUGGGUUGUGGAAAGUGGCAAAUGAAAGUUGGUUCUAUUCUAAAUAUUAUGAUUGACAUAGGUGAAUGUUGAGCUAUAUUUAAUAGCAGAUUUGUUAUAACAGCAACAUAUUCUGUGGCUUACUGUUUGAACUGGGAUAAGACUGCUAUAAGGUAUAAUGCAAGGCCAAAGAAACACGAUACAGCCUAUACCAGAAAACUUUGAUUUAGCAAACAUGUCCGACCAAAACAACAUGAAUAUUGAUUCACAUAUUUAUCAGGAUGACCGAAUAAAUAUCAUGGCUGCUCCAAAUGUACCAGAUUAUCAGGUUUCCGGGAAUGGUUCAAAUUGUAGUUUUCGGAACAUGGGAAGCCACACUAGCAGUGGUUCUUUUGUCAACAGGUGGGCCUCUGGAAGUGCCAGUGAUUCUGAGAAUGCAGCUGGUCAGAGUUGUACUGUUGAAGAUAAAAUGUCUAUUGGCUGGAAUCCUGUUUCAAAUAUGCAGCCAACUUCAAUGGUUGAUGGAAGGCAAUUGCUUGACACAAAUAUCCUUUCAUCAGAAAAUGGUACCAUGAAUAUCCUGAAUAAUUCUCUUAUGGAUGACUGCUUGCAUCUCCGCCCGAGCUGUAGUUAUGGACCAACAUCAGAUGCGAAUUCGUUUAAUUUCAUUGCUAACCAAACACCUGUUGGGUCAUACAUGGAUCCGAGCUCAUUUCCUCAUUCAACUGUAUUAGUUGGACCUGACCCAGAGCAAAUGACUUUUGCUGGUAACAGUGGGGUGGCAUGUUUAGCAGAAAGCAGUAAUGGUCGAACAAAUCGUAUCAUGGAAGGCAGAAGAGUUUUCUGUAAGAGAAAGACAGAAAAUAUUUCGGGUCCAUCUUUGGAUCCCAAUCCAUCUUCUCAGUGGGAUGAAGCCAAUCUUAGGUUUACAAUUCCUGGAAGGCCAAACAUGGCUAAUGGUUUAAGUAUUUCUGUCCCUGUUGCUACAGCAACACUUCCAGUUCCUGAUGAAAGGCCAGUGGAAGAACCUGCUAUAACCAGGCCUGGGGCUGGUUUAAAUGAUGUUACCUCUGAUUAUAGGUGUGGAUUUUCAAUGGCUGGGCAACCAGAUGGUACACAAAGAAAUGUUAGACUGAGAUUUAGUUCACACCAUCCAGAAGCAAAUUUUCCUCAAAUAUGGCCUGUGGGGAAUGCUGGAAGAGCUCUGCCAGAAUUACAACCUCAUUCUUCUCAUUCUAGACAUGUACUCUCUGGAACCUUGUCUGCAGAUACAGGUUCAGCAGCAGCUGGUAGUGUUGGUCCACUGCGCCAGCCCAAUAUGUUUCGUUCAUCCUCUAGUAUUCCAAGGAGUUUGCACUCACUUGGAAGAAAUGAUAAUUCUUCUCUGCCAAGAGCAGGCAACCCAAUGUCUGGUCCUGUGAGGGAACCUUCAUCUUCUAUGCAGGAGGAAACAAGCUCAAGGAACAUGAGGAUGGGAAAUACAAAUAAUGCUUGGCUUUCUGCAGGAACAGAAACUAGGCCGGCAAACCAUGAUUCUGGAAGUUGGCCUCCGAUAAGUCGAAACACAAAUGAACCUCGGAACCAUGCUUCAAUGAUACAUCCUGCACCGGUCAUGCCUUGGGACCCACAGCACGUCCCUUUAACACAAGCACUUAGGAGGAGUGCUGGUGGUGUUCAAGGGUCUGGGUCAUCUUCUAUUAGCAGAUCUUCUCAAAGUGGUCAUAUUCAUCCUUCUCGAACUGUUAAUUUCUCUUCCUCAUCAGAUAAUCUUCUCCCACGAGCUGGUUCCCAAGGCCAACAAUAUAUUAGACCAGCAAUAUUGAUGGAUCGACAGGGUGAUGGAAUAUUAGGUGUUCCUUUUGGAUCACUGCAAGCAUUAACAGCUGAAGGUGAUGGACGCAACAGAUUAAUGUCUGAGAUUCGGAAUGUAUUGGAACUUAUGCGAAGAGGUGAAACUUUGAGAUUCGAGGAUAUACUUAUUCUAGAUCAAUCAGCAUUUUACAAUGCGGCUGACAUUCAUGAUCAGCACCGGGACAUGCGACUUGAUGUGGAUAACAUGACCUAUGAGGAAUUGUUGGCUUUGGAGGAAAGGAUAGGUAAUGUAAGUACAGGUUUAACUGAGGAGACAAUUUGUAAGAGCUUGAAGAAAAUAUUAUACAUCUCGGGUACUGAGUCAAUUGCAGUUGAGUCUUCUAAGAAGCAGCCUGAGGAUGAACUUUGCAGCAUAUGUCGGGAGGAAUACAUGGACAAGGAUGAGCUGGGGAUUAUAGACUGUGGGCACAUUCAUCACUCACAUUGCAUUAAGAAAUGGCUACUGAUGAAAAAUCUCUGUCCUAUAUGCAAGAAGACAGCUUUAAAUACUUAGGUCCUGGGCAACCUAUUUACUUUGUACAUGCUGGAAUAUAUUAAUCUGAACAUUUCAACUGUCUAGAUCUUUGUUCAGAUAUUCUUGUUAUUUGUUGCAAAGGUAAAUUGACAAUGAGCUGGGCACCUCUCUCGUUUAUUUAAGGGACAAUGUACAGAUAGCUGCUCUUGGGCCGGUUGUGUUAAUGUUGGUGUAGUAGCAGCUGCACAUCUCCUAGAUUAACCAUUGGUAUCCCUAGCUUUUUGGAACACGUGGGAGGCUUUUUCAAGAAAACAUGCUCACGUAGCACCCAUUCAAAAGAAAUCUCGUUCAAUCUGCUGGUUGUUGUAUCAGUUGAAGUUCUACUGUGGAUUGUGGGAAAGAGUUUUUUCUUGCUCAAAAAGUGCUAUUGUUUAUUGUUUCUUCUGAUUUCUUUAUUUACAUUUUAUUGUAUGAAGUUGAACGAUAGCUUUUUGCAUUGAAAGCUUAUUUUAGAGACACAAUUCUCAAUGAGCUUGAAAUAAUGCAAAUAAGAAUUACUAAUGGGGAUAAAUAUUUAUGUUGCU